AUGUCAUUGUGGGUUGAUAAAUACCGUCCCAAGAGUUUGCAAACUCUCUCGCAUAACGAUGAUCUAACCAAUCUGCUCCAAUCGCUUUCGCACCAACCGCGUGAUCUGCCACAUCUUCUACUAUAUGGGCCCAACGGUAGUGGUAAGAAGACCAGAUGUAUGUCAUUGUUAGCAUCAAUAUUCGGAUCCGGUGUGUAUAGGAUGAAGAUCGACGUCAGACAGUUUGUGACUCCUUCCAGACGGAAACUGGACCUGAACGUUGUGAGUUCUGCAUACCAUUUGGAGAUUACACCAAGUGAUAUGGGCAUCAACGAUAGAAUUGUUAUUCAGGAGCUAUUGAAGGAGGUGGCACAAAUGGAGCAAGUUGACUUUCAGGAUUCUGCGGAUGGUCUAUCGCAUAGAUAUAAAUGCGUCGUCAUUAAUGAAGCAGAUUCGCUGACAAGAGAUGCUCAAGCCGCACUGAGGCGUACUAUGGAGAAAUAUUCGAGGAACAUCCGUUUGAUCAUGGUAUGUGACUCAAUGUCAUCAAUAAUCUCACCAAUUAAAUCGCGAUGUCUGAUGGUCCGUUGUCCAGCUCCUACAGACCAAGAAACCAUCAAAAUACUUAACGAAGUCGUUACAGCCGAAAAUGUCAAAUUGGAAUCCCCAGAAGUGUUAGAAAAGAUAGCUACGACAUCGAAUGGUAAUCUGAGAACCGCUUUGUUGACACUUGAGACUAUGGCAUUGAACAAUGAGAUGAACUUGAGGUUGAAUACCCCAGUGAUAAGGCCCGAUUGGGAGAGCGUUAUCCUGAAGAUGGCCAAUAAGAUUCAAAAAGAGAGAUCCGUUGGUUGCCUCAUCGAAUGUCGAGCCAUUCUUUAUGACCUACUUGCGCAUUGUAUCUCUGCGAGAAUCAUUUUGCAAGAACUCACAUUUGCGCUGAUGAAGAAUAACAACGGUGACAAAGUAAAAAUACAAAUCAUUGAAAGUUCAAGUGUCUUUGAUGAGAGACUCUCGCUUGGUAAUAAAGCCAUAUACCAUCUCGAGGGGUUUAUUGCUAAAGUCAUGUGUGCCAUCGAGGGCUAA